AUGGCUACUCUUGCGAGAUCAGGAGGACUUGCGGUUAAAGUGAUUAGUGGGGCUCAGCCGCACUCGAACUUUGUUGCGGUUUCUCCGGCUGCCGGAAAUGUGUCAGCCUUUCGAGAAGUUCCAGCUGAGUUUGCCACUGCCGAUGCUCGCCAAGCUGUCGUGAGCAAGAGCACUUCGGGCGUCUUCUCCAGCGGACUUGCUGUUAAAGGAAUUAACGUUACAUCUCGUCGUUUUGCUCACACUGAUGUGACUUUCCCAAACUUUGAGUCCUAUCGCCGUGAUUCUGCUAAAAACCCACAAGUCCCAGCUCGUGACACCGAAGAUCAGAGGCGUGCUCUUCCAACAGCUCUCUACUAUGGAGCUGGAGGAGUUCUGUCUCUCUGGGCUGGAAAAGAAGUUGUUCAAACUCUUGUUGCUUACAAGGCUAUGGCCGCUGAUCAACGUGCGCUGGCUUCUAUUGAAAUCAACAUGAAGGACAUUCCAGAAGGACAAACCAAGACUUUCGAAUGGCGUGGAAAGCCGGUCUUCGUUAAGCAUCGUACCAAGGCUGAAAUUGCUAGAGAAAAGGCUGUUCCAGUCGCUGACCUGCGUCAUCCACAACACGAUGAUGAACGUGUCCAAAAGGACGAGUGGUCCGUAGUUAUUGGCGUCUGCACUCAUCUUGGAUGCGUGCCAAUUGCUAACGCUGGAGAUUUCGGAGGAUAUUAUUGCCCAUGCCACGGUUCCCAUUAUGACGCUUCUGGUCGCAUCAGAAAGGGCCCAGCUCCUCUUAACAUGCACGUUCCAGCUUAUUCGUUCAAGGAUUCAACUAUCGUCAUUGGUUCAAGCUAA